CUUGGACUGAGGAUUUAUCAGUGACAAAAAGGAUGGGUCGUGGAGCAGUGGCGUGGUGGACGCUCUGUUGGCAUUAUUUCUUUCUCUUGUGGAGUUUGACAGACGCACAGACUCGUUACAGCAUCCCAGAGGAACUGAAGCAGGGCUCUGUGGUAGGAAAUAUCGCCAAAGAUCUUGGUUUGGGGUUAACAGACAUUUUUGAGCGUAAGAUGCGUGUGGCUGCUGAGGCUGGGAAGCAGUAUUUCACUGUGGACUCGGGGAAGGGUGAGCUGGUGGUGAACGACAGAAUAGACAGAGAAGCUUUAUGUGGACAAAGCGCCAGCUGCGUGUUGCCUCUGCAGGUCGUGACAGAAAAUCCACUACAGCUCCAUCGGAUAGAAGUGGAAAUACGAGAUAUUAAUGAUAAUUCGCCAGUGUUUUUAGCAAAGCAAAAGUCUUUGAAAAUAGCAGAAUCAACAGUCGCUGGGAUUCGUUUUCCUUUAGAGACAGCUCAGGAUCCGGAUGUAGGUAGUAAUACCGUGAAAUCUUACACUCUGAGUAAAAGUGAAUGUUUUAGCCUAAAAAUGAAAGACUUGCCUCGUAACCGACAGGUCCCCGAGCUGGUUUUAGAUAAAAUGCUUGAUCGAGAGAAACAAGGGGUUCAUGAAUUACUACUGACAGCAUUAGAUGGUGGUAAUCCUGUUAAAAGUGGAACAAUGAAAAUAUUCGUUACAGUACUUGAUAUUAAUGAUAACUUUCCUGUUUUUAAGAAGCCUCUGUACAAUAUAACUAUUCCGGAAAACAGCUUACCGGGGUCAGUUCUAGUUACAGUUGCAGCUACAGACGCAGAUGAAGGGGUAAAUGGAGAGGUUCAGUAUAGUUUUGCAGAGCACACACCCGAGACACAUUUGUCUUUGUUUCUUAUUAAUUCAGACACGGGUGAAUUAUCCUUAGCAGGAAAAUUAGACUAUGAGCUCAAUACUGUUUAUGAUUUGCCAAUAACAGCCAGAGACAAAGGUGUUCCUGAAAUGGAGGGGCAUUGCCGUGUACAGAUUAUUGUAAUAGACAUGAACGACAACGUUCCAGAAAUCAUCCUAACUUCCACUCCUGGCCCAGUGCGCGAGGACGCAACAAAAGGCACUGUAGUGGCUUUGGUCAGUGCCAGAGACCUAGACUCGGGCGAUAAUGGCAAAGUAGUUUUAAAGUUACCAGUGGGGUCUCCCUUUAGUCUGAAACCCUCGUUUUCUAAUAAUUACGCACUUGUAACUAGUGGUUCUUUAGACCGAGAGAGUUUCCCAUUUUAUAACAUAGAGAUAACAGCCACAGACUCGGGCUCUCCUCCUCUCUCCAGUAAGAAAACUAUCCCUGUCAGUAUCUCAGAUGUGAACGACAACCCCCCAGUCUUCUCCCAGUCUUCUUAUAAUGUGUAUUUAAAAGAGAACGGGGUCCCUGGCUCUAUACUGUACUCGGUGUCAGCCUCGGACCUGGAUUUUGGAGAAAACGCCAAAGUGUCUUACUCUAUUCUGGACUCUAAAGUGCAGGACGUGUCAGUCUCGUCUUAUGUCUACAUAAACUCAGAGAACGGCAGCAUCUACAGCAUGCACUCGUUUGACUAUGAGAAGCUCAAGGUGUUUCAGAUCGUGGUCCAGGCCAAGGACCAGGGCUCUCCGAGUCUCAGCAGCAACGCCACGGUCCAUGUUUUUAUCCUGGACCAGAACGAUAACGCCCCCGCUGUUAUUUACCCCUCCUCCGCUCCUGGGCUCCCUCUCUCUCUCCAGAGGAUGCCCCGCUCCGCUAAAGCGGGUCACCUGGUUACCAAGGUGACGGCCGUGGACGCGGACUCGGGUCAUAACGCGUGGAUCUCGUACAAAGUGGCGGAGGCCACGGACGCGUCUCUGUUCGGUGUGAACCAGUACACAGGGGAGGUGAGGACUAAACGCGCUGUGGCCGAGCAGGACGACUCCUCUCAGAGGCUGCUCAUAGAGAUCAGGGACGACGGUGAACCGGUGCAGUCCGCCACCGUCACGGUGUCCAUCCUGAUGGAGGACGGUCUGCACGAGCCCAUCCUGGACAACAGGCACAGAGCAACGGAGUCCGGAGGGAAAACUGGCCGCCUCGCGCUCUAUCUGAUCCUGUCUCUGGCCUCGGUGUCUGUGCUGUCUCUGGUGACUUUUCUCAUCUUAGCGGUGAAAUGUGUGAGGAACAGCAGGGGCAGCGCGAGCUGCUGCGUCAGACGCAGCGACUGUGACGAUUACAAGAACCCCAACAGAAACCUGCAGAUCCAGCUCAACACUGAUGGACCUAUAAAGUAUGUGGAGGUCCUGGGGGGAGACAUGAUGUCUCAGAGCCAGUCGUUCAGAUCGUGUAUGUCUCCAAUGUCAGAGUACAGUGACUUCACUCUGAUUAAGCCCAGCAGCACCUCUGACUUUAAGGAGGUCAUCAGUGUCCUGGAUGCGUCUCUCCCAGACAGCACGUGGACAUUUGAGAGUCAACAGGUGAGCACGACAAAAAAAAUAAAUAUCAAACAGAGACUUUUCUGA